CGUUUUGUGGCGUCAUUACUGGCGGAAGCGGCGCAUCCGGGCUUAGAGCGGCCCCGCGCGGGAAGGGGCGAGCCGCUGUAUCACUCCCCUCCCCUCCCCACCCGGGGUGCCCCCCGCCCGGCCAGGUUGGGGUGAGGGGCUGGGGGCGGGGGCCUCUGUGUGGGAAGUGGGGGGUCCCCACGCGGGGCCGGGGGCCUGUGGGUCGUCCCGGCCCCCACGAUCAGCCCCGUCUCCUACAGGGCCCCGUGAUGCUCCUCCUGCUCCUCGCCGCCCUCCUGGGCACUGGGCUGCUCCUGCUGCUCUGGGCCCGCGGGAGGCCUGGCAGGGCAGCAGGACGGAGCCAGCGCUGGAGGCUGCUGCUGGGGCACAGCCUGGUGCUUGGGGGCCUGGGCUGGGCCACGAGCCGGCAGCGCCGGUGCCUGGAGAACCAGACCAAGGACGUGCGGCAGAGCCAGGAGCGGUGCCUGCUGCGGCUGUUGAAGGAAGCUGGGGACACGGAGCCAGACUCUAACACCUUCCGGGAGCAUCACCCCUUGAAACCAGGCAGGCUUGAUAAGGAUGGGAGCCGCCAGCCCAUCCUGCACCCUGGCAGCCUGCCCGGCCCAUGGACCCUGCUCCAGAGCUGCUGGGCCUUGGAUGCCCCGCUGCAGGGGUCCAUGUUGUACCUAGACAUCCUCAGCAAAGUGUACCCAGGUGCACUGACCCCGCAGGCCACUGCUGUCUUCUCCUGUGCCCCAGGCUGCCCAUGCCCUGCCACAGCCUGUCCCCUGCCCACACUGUACUGUAUGCCAGCAGGGUUGGGUGAUGACAUUGUGCCCUCACGCAGCUCAGCCCUCUAUGUGCAGCUGCUGUUUGCCCUGCAGGAGCAGGCACUGCGAGUGUUAAAGGCUGGGUUGGCCUCGGAGCUCCAUGAUGCCUUGGCCAUCCUGCACACCAACUGGGAGGGUCUGGCAGAGGACCUAGCCUCAGGAUGGCUGAGCCCACAGCUGAAACUACCUGAGGGGACUCGGUACCAGCUGGACAGCCUCCUGUCUCCCAACCCGGUGCGGGCGGCAGAGCUGAGGGCUGAGUGCUCUAGGGGUUUUGAUGGCAUUGCCCAGCGCCUAUGGCCAGAGCUCCAGGCAGUGGUGGUGGGGGAGUCUGGCAGUGAGCAGCUCUAUGGAGACACCCUGCGGGAACAGGACUGCAAGGGCAUCCCCUUCUACUCCCCCUUCUAUAUAGCAACAGGAGCUCUGCUUGGAGUGAACCUAUGGCCAGAGGAAUCUGAUUGCCGUUACCUGCUGUGCCCGGGCUGGGCAUUCUGUGAGUUCCUCCCAGCAGGGACUCACAGUGAGGAACCACUGGAGACAGUGCUGCUGGGGGACGUAUGGGAAGGCCAGGAGUAUGAGCUGGUGCUCAGCGCCCACCCUGGGCAGUACAGGUGCCGUGUUGGGGAGGUGGUGAAGGUGACUGGAUUCUAUCACCAGUGUCCUGUGGUGGAACCUGUGCGCAGGCUGAGCCAGACCCUGAGUGUGCGGGGAGAGAGCAUCCCUGAGGACCACUUCUGCCACACCCUGCACCGUGCUGUGGGGAUGUGGCCAGGAGCUAAACUGGUUGACUACAUCUGUGCGGAGAGCAGCCUGCUGGGUGCCACCUCUGGGACCUCUGCCCCCCAUUACCAGGUGUUCAUGGAGCUCCGUGGCCUGCGGGAUCUGACAGAGGGACAGCGCUAUAAGGAUGGCUCUCGCCAGCGGCCGGUGCAGAAAAAGAAGACUGUGUCCUUCAGCACCAUGCCCAAUGACCGGAAGAUCAACAGUACAGCAGCCUGCAUCUCCUUCAUGCUGGAGGGCUGUGAGAUGAAAAAAGUACGCUCCAACUCCCGCAUGUACAGCCGCUUCUUCGUGCUGGACCCUGACAUGCGUUUCUUGCGCUGGGAGCCUUCCAAGAAAGACUCGGAGAAGGCCAAGAUUGAAAUCAAGUCGGUCAAGGAGGUGCGGGUGGGGAAGAAGACUCCUGUCUUGCGAAGCAAUGGACUCUCCGACCAGUUCCCUGAUGAGUGUGCUUUCUCCAUCCUCUAUGGGGACAAUUAUGAGUCCCUGGACCUGGUGGCCACCUCAGCUGAUGUAGUGAAUGCCUGGGUGAUGGGGCUGAGGUACUUGGUGUCCUAUGGGAAGCACACGCUGGAGGCUCCCGAGGCUGGCCAUCCCAGCCUCCGGACCUCCUGGAUCUCCUCUGUCUUCGACCUUGCUGACCUAGAGAAGGCAGGCCGCAUCCCUGUCUCCCGGGCCGUGCAGCUCAUCAAGGCCUUGAACCCAGGCAUGAAAGCCUCCACCAUCGAGCUGAAGUUCAAGGAGCUGCAAAAGGCCAGUGAGCGGCCAGGGGGGGAGGUGGCAUGUGACCUCUUUGUGGAGGCCUACUGUGAACUGUGCACCAGGCCUGAGAUUUUCUUUCUCAUGGUCCAGUUCUCCAGCAAUAAGGAGUACCUGGGCCUGAAGGACCUGAUGAUAUUUCUGGAGGUAGAGCAGGGCAUGGAGGGCGUGACAGAGGAGAUGUGUCUGGAGAUAAUUGGCAAAUACGAGCCCUCCAAAGAAGGCCGGGAGAAGGGCUACAUGGCCAUCGAUGGCUUCACCCGCUACCUUCUCUCCUCUGACUGCUCCAUCUUUGACCCACAGCACCGUAAGGUAUGCCAGGACAUGGCACAACCCCUCUCGCACUACUACAUCAGCUCAGCCCACAGUGCCUGCCUCCUGGAGGACAACUUCUGGGGCAGCUCGGACAUCAGUGGCUAUGUCAGUGCCCUGCGCACAGGCUGCCGCAGCCUCGAGCUGGUGGUGUGGGAUGGCCCGGAUGGUGAGCCUGUGGUCUAUGCUGGUCGCUCGACUACCUCCCGUGUGCCCUUCCGCACCGUGGUGGGCGUUAUUGACCAGUAUGCCUUUGAGGCCUCGGACUACCCCCUCAUCCUCUGCCUGGCUGUGCGCUGCUCACCCCCCCAGCAGAGGCUGAUGGCCCAGUACAUGAAGAAGAGCCUAGAGGGGAAGCUCUAUCUGGACCCCCCAGACCCUGAGGAGGCUUAUUUGCCAUCCCCAGAGAGACUCAAGAGUAAGAUCCUCAUCAAGGGCAAGAAGCUGCCGCCCAACUGCCAUGACAGCGAGGGGGAUGUGACGGAUGAGGACGAGAGCCUGGAGCUAUCACGUCGCCUGGGAGAGGAUGACAAAGAGCAGCCUGAGGGGGGUGGGCUUCACCGGCUGCGGCUGAGCCAGGAGCUGUCCGAGUUGGUCAGCUUGUGCCAGUCUGUGACUUUCCGGGAUUUUGAGGCCUCACGGCGGGGGCAGCGCUACUGGGAGGUCUGCUCCUUCAGUGAGGUUGAGGCCGGGCGCUUCGCCAAUGAGUGCCCUGAGGAGCUGGUGGGUUACAAUAAGCGGUUCCUGUCACGGGUCUAUCCCAGCGCCAUACGUAUCGAUGCCAGCAACAUGAACCCCCAGGACUUCUGGAAGUGUGGCUGCCAGAUGGUGGCCAUGAACUACCAGACACCGGGACUGAUGAUGGACCUCAAUGCUGCCUGGUUCCGCCAAAACGGGGGCUGUGGCUAUGUCCUGCGCCCCUCCAUUAUGCGGGAGGAGGUGUCCUACUUCAGCGCCAAUGCCAAGGACUCGCUGCCCGGUGUCCCUGCCCAGCUCCUGCACCUCAAGAUCAUCAGCGGGCAGAAUCUGCCCAAGCCCAAGGGCUCAGGCGCCAAGGGUGAGGUAGUGGAGCCCUAUGUGUGUGCGGAGAUCCAUGGCAUCCCGGCUGACUGCGCUGAGCAUCGCACCAAGACAGCUUUGCAGAGCGGGGACAAUCCCGUCUUUGAUGAGAGCCUGGAGUUCCAGAUCAACCUGCCUGAGCUGGCUGUGCUGCGCUUCGUGGUGCUGGAUGAUGACUACAUUGGGGAUGAGUUCAUUGCCCAGUACACCAUCCCCUUUGAGUGCCUGCAGACUGGGUACCGCCAUGUGCCCCUGCAGGCACUGACUGGCGAGUCCCUCCCCAAUGCCACCCUCUUUGUGCACGUGGCCAUCACUGACCGCCGGGGUGGGGGCAGGGGGCACAAGCGGGGGCUCUCGGUGCGUAAGGGCCGUCGGGUACGGGAGUACACCUCCACCAAGGCCACCGGCAUCAAAGCCAUUGACGAGGUCUUCCGCACAGCCACCCAGCCCCUGCGGGAAGCCACUGACCUCCGGGAGAAUGUGCAGAAUGCGCUGGUGUCCUUCAAGGAGCUGUGUGGGCUUACACCAGCGGCCAACAUGAAGCAGUGCAUCUUGACAGUGGCCACGUGGCUUCUGCACAGCGAGGGCGCCCCCACCGUCACGCUCAACCUGGGUGAGCAGUACCCGGCCAUGGAGGCCCAGGGACCCAUCCCCGAGCUGCUACGCAAAGUGCUCACCGCCUACGAGACUAUGAUCCAGACCAGCCGGACCCUUAUUGAAUCCGCUGAUGCAGUAUACAGCAAGCUCAUCCAAGCCCAGCAAGCAGGGAUGGAUUUCCACAAAGAGCUGCACCGGCUGGAGGCCAAGGAGGGGCUAAAGGGCAGGAAGCUGCAGAAGGCACUGGAGAGUUUUGCGUGGAACAUCACUGUGCUGAAGCGGGUCAUGCCACAUCUCCGCUCGACCACCUGAAGACACCUUGGAACAAUGGAGGCGCCAAACGCCAAGGUAUGUCUCCCGGGGUCCUGAGGACACGCAUUGGGCAGAGCUAGGCUGGGAGUCUCAUGGAAGCCACAGGGAGCUGCAGAGAAGAUGCUUGCAGAAAGGGUGGCAUGGGGGUGGGAGGGACAGGAGUGGACAGACAGGGGUGGGAAACAAAGUGCAGAACCUCUGACCAGGAUAGGGUGUGUUGCCUGAAAUCCAGUGACAGCCAGAGGCUGGGGAUCCCUGCCCUGCUGAAUUCACUGGGCAAGUCCUGCCAGCCCAGCUCCAGCGUGGGGUGUAGGGACCCCCUGACCCCAGCCUCGUGCUCUCCUAGGCAAACUGGCAUGAGCAGCCUAGCCCAGCUCUGACCCUUGGGUCUCUGAGAGGGGACCAAGGUUUCGUGGUGCUGGGGGGAAGCUCAGAGCCUCGACCUGUCUCUGGGAGGGGGACCGAUGUCUUUCCUAAUAGAGUAAGGGGGCUGGAAGCCAAGACUCCUGGGUUCUGUUCCAAUCCAUGGGGGCAGGCGACCCAUGGAGGAGCCUUGUGAUGUUGGACUAGCCAAAGCUGGAGCCAUUAGGAGAGAUUGCCCCCUGGGCUGAGUGCAAACGUGGCUACAUUAGGAAUGGCAUCCAAGUGGGACAGAGCAGUGAGUGAUGAUGGGAACUCUGCACCUGCAGCUGGCUGGGAGGGGCAGGAACCUUCUAUGACCAGGCAGGAAGAGGAGGAGGAUCUCCUAGGGCUGAGGUGGACAAUUUUUUGGGCCAGAAGGCCACUUAGGGAGUUCUGGUGAGCUGCUGCAGGGCAGGUCAGCAGCUGCCCCACACCCCCUUCCGUUUCUCGGCCAUCAACAGCUCACCAAAACUCCUUAUGAGGCUCUGGCCCGGGCCCCAGCCCCAUGCUGUCACUGCCUGGGGAUCCCAGCCUGGCCCCAGGGUCUCAAUGGAGACCAGUCUGGGACCCCUGCAGGUUGGGCAUGCUCAGCUGGAUGGAUGGGAUAGGGCUGCAGGUGGGUGAGGAGCGGCAUCUGGGUGCAGGAUGGAUGGGUGGGCAGGGCUGGGGCUGGGGCCAACACAGGACAAGGGCCCAGGACAGAGCCACGAUCCAUUCCUGGCAUGUCCCUGCCUGCAGAACCGGUGCCCAUCGCAGGGACAUGCAGGCAGUGGAUCAUGGCUCUGCCCUGAGCCUGAGCCCUGGCCCUGCACUGUCACUACCCCACAGUCCCAGCCCCGCCUGCCUGUCCAGCUCCUGGAUGCCGCUUGCCACCCACCUGCGGCUCCGUCCCAUCUGCCAGGCCGAGUGUGCCCUGCCUGCGCGGGUCCUGGGCUGGGCUCCAUGGAGACCCUGCCCUGUUACCCGGUGUCCCUGGAGGUGGGUGCAGGGCAGACGGGCCAGGGUGCCCAGGCAGUGGGGCUGGGUCCGGCAGCAGAUGCUAGUAGCAGCAGCUGGAAGGUGCCGCCAUGGGGCUGCCUGGAAGCAGAGUCUAACUGCCACGCCACCCCCAACUUAGGGCAGUGGGACCUGCCACACACACCACAGCUUGGCCACUUGGGCCAGGCGGGGCUGAGACACCCACCACAGGCUGAAUAAAAUCUCUUGGUGGGUUGAAUCUGGCCCAUGGGCCAUACUUUGCCCACCCCUGUCCUAGGACUUGUCAAGGGGACAGACAAUCACAGAAGCUCCAGGCCAAGAAGCGCUGGUCCCAGGGAUCCCAGCCAGCCCUUCUUGGGCGUGGGUUAUAUUCUGUCUCUGCACUUCCCUGUGCAGCAGCUGGGGGGCUGGCACUGGGCUGGUUAGACCCCCUGAGUCCCCCAGCUUGGAUUUUGAAGUGCUGGGGUACAUGUCAGGAUUAACCCUGUGACUGCCAGCCCUGCUCCUCAGCCAGCAUGCUCCUACACUAAUCUGCCCUGCCCCUCCACAGCUCCAGAAAGCUGCCUGCCUCCUGCUCCUCUUCUUGCUCUGCUCCCUGGCUGUGGCUCGGCAGGGUGUUCCUGAUUGCUGUCGCCAGAAGAC